AUGGGCGGCGCGACCGCGCCGGGGCUCCAGGGGGGCACGAACCGGCCCCAGUCCGCCGGCGGCGGCGUGCGCCAGUCGACGUCGGGCCGCGACGCGUACCACUGCGCGCCGGAGCAGCGCGAGUACCUCACGCGGCUGCUCGUGGGCUCCGUGCAGAACCGGCGGGGGCUGCCCGACUUCUACAGCUUCGGCAAGGUCAUCGGCGUGGGGUCCUUCGGCACGGUGCGCAUCGCCUGGCACAAGCUCACGGGCCAGAAGGUGGCCAUCAAGACGUACGAGCGGUCGAAGAUGAAGGACCCGCAGCAGUGGAAGCGCGUGCAGCAGGAGGCCAGGGUCAUGGAGAAGCUCAGCGACUCGCCCCUCGUCUGCCGCUUCCUCGAGGCCUUCGAGACCAUGGCGCCGCGGCGCGCGCACCUCAUCAUGGAGUUCCUGCCGGGCGGGAAUCUGUGCUCGUACGUCAAGGCGAAGCGGAAGAUCGCGGAGCCGGAGCUCCAGCCCCUGAUGCUCCAGCUGGCGACGGCGCUCCACCACAUGCACGAGCUGAACAUCGUGCACCGCGACAUCAAGCUCGAGAACAUCCUGUUCCUCGACGAAAAGCGGACGAUCGUCCGCGUCAUCGACUUCGGGUUCUCGACGCGGUGCGCGCCGGACCGGCGGCUCCGCCUCUUCUGCGGCACGCCGUCCUACAUGGCGCCGGAGAUCGUGCGCCGCACGGAGUACCGCGGCAAGCCCAUCGAUCUGUGGUCCAUCGGCGUCGUCGCGUACGCGUGCCUCGGCGGCCACUUCCCCUUCGCCGCGCGGUCCCAGCCCGAGCUCUACCGCAAGAUUUUGCGGGGCACCUACCGGUUGCCCGAGGGCCUGAGCCCCAACGCCGUCGCGCUCCUGCAGGCCUGCAUCGUCGUCGACGUGAACCGCCGCGUCACCGCGCCGGACCUCCGGCGCCACCCGUUCGUCGUCGCGGGCGCGUCCAACGGCACGUACCCGGGCGCGAAUCUGGGGUCCCUCACGCGGUCCCAGAACCCCCAGGACGACGUGCGCCGCGAGGCCGUCGCGCGCAUCGAGGCCCUCGGCGUCUCCCGCGACGCGCUCAUCCAGGGCAUCACGCGCGGCGAGCACACGCCCAUCACUUCCUGCUACUACCUCCUCAUGGACUCCAUGGGCCUCCGCACGGGGCCGGGGCCCCACGGCUCCACGUCCCACGGCACCCUCAAGCACAACAACGAGAACGAGCUCCCGCAGGACGCGCAGGCCCCGGCGAAGCCCCACGCGCAGAAGGCCUGA